AUGUAAUUUGAACUUACAGAGACUUAUGGUACUUCAAUAGAAUCAAUUUUCGGUGCAGGAGGAUUUCUAUUUAUAAACGAAGCUAAUUUUAGCAAGAUUAGUAAUUUAGUGCUAUUCGACUCAUACUCAUCUUCAAGUGGGGCUUAAAUUUAUACUUAAAAAGCUGGAUUAAAAUUGGAUUUAUCAAACUCUUUUUUCUAAUAGUUUCAAAGAUAAGCUAUCAAUUCUUACCCUAAUCAAGAGAAUUUUUAUAAUUAAGGAGGUAUAACUCUAAUAAAUACUGCAUCAGUUUCUAUCGUUAAUUGUUUCUUUGUUGGUAAUUAAUAAUCUCAAAAUGGUGGUGCAAUUAAUAUAUUAGGAGGGACAUUAUAUGUUUACAGAUCCUAUUUUUAAAGGAUGUAAUCAAAUUAAGGAGGUGUAAUGUAUUUGGAAAAUCUCUAAGAAGUAAAACUCAAUUUUCUCGAUAUUUCGACAAGUAUAGCUAGUGAUAAUGGAGGUGGAAUAUAUAUAAAGAAUCCUAAAGGAGACGUUUAAAUCGUGGAUUCAAGUUUCAAUAUGAUUCUUGCAAAAAAUGAGGGAGGAUGUAUAUUCUACAUAGUUGAAGAAGAACCAUUGAAAUAAGAGUUUAACAAUGUUGGAUUUAAUAUGAAUCCAGAAAAAGUUCCUGCAUUUUAGCCAUUAAGACUUGAUUUUAUAAAUGUUAAGUUCUCUAUGAUUUAAGCAUUCAACGCUAGCUCUGUCUCAGUAAGUAGUUUAAAAACUAAUGUUAACUUUUCACAAUGCUAACUGGCCAAUUCUUAUGGUCAAAGUUAUAACUCUAUUUAUAUUAAGCGUGCUAAUUUAGUUGAAAUGACUAACUUCUAUGUGGCUAGUAUAUACUCUAGAUCAAUUUCUGGUUUUUUGUAUGUAGAUUAUGUAAAAGAUUCUGUCACUGUUCGCUUUUCUUAGAUUUAUUGCAGAACUCCUGAAGAUGAAUACACUAAUCCUCCUACAUUAGAUUUUAGAACUUUAUCUGAGAAUGAAAAUGACAUAUAACAAAGACUAGAAUCUGAACCAAAUAAUAAUUUUAAGAGAUCUCUGUAUUUUGAUUUUUAGAGCAUUGGGUAGAAUUUUUAUUCAAACAGAGAUAUUAUGACGCCAUUUCAUAUUAAAAGAGCUGGGUAGUUUUUUAUUCAAGGAUUAGUUAUGAAAAAUUGUAUUAUGCAACGGUUACAUACUCCAAGGACAUAAGCUCUAAUAAUUUUUUAAAUUUAAGAUUUUCUGAUUAAUUAUGCUGCUUAAGUAAACUUUGUUGAUAUCAACUCUUACUAUGAAGAUUGUGAGGGAUUAUCUGGAGGAAUAUACAGUUUCUAUAAAAUUAAAGCUUACCUCUAUAAUAAUACAGUGAUUCGUCUUGUUACAAAUGGUUAUGCUGCAGUACAUUCUUAAUAUACUAUAAAUUUAUUCGUGUAGAAUUGUACAUUUAAAAACGUCACAUAAGUAGGAGGAUUAGAAGGGGGCAUUUUUUCAUUAUUAGGUACAGGCAGUGAUUUAAUUGGUGCUAGAACAGUUACUAUAAGAAAUUCAACAUUUGAAAACAUAACAAUGGUUGUAGGAACUGGGGGAUUCAUUUAUCAAUAUGACAGGUUGUUAAGUUAGAUCAAAAUUGAAUCAGUAACUGUUAGAAAUGUAAGAGCUGGCUAUUAGGGAGUAAUUUAUAUGAUAGGACUCUAAGGAAGCCUACAUAUUAUUUCACUUCCAGAAUUUUAAAGAACAGAAUUUUCUAAUUUCUUCUCAAUUACUCAUUCCUAGUUUUUGUAUAUUUAUGAUGGCUUCAAUAGAGUAUCAAACGAGGUAAAAAUUAAAGACACUACGAUUGACUGUCUUAACCAAGACAUUUAAUAAUAUAUUCCUACUACCUAUAUUUCAGAAAAUGAAGGAAUCAUUCACUAUGAAGGUCCAAGUGGUUUGUAUACUGAGAACUGUAUAUUUAGAAAUUGUAGGCAAUCAUAUUAAGGACCAAUAGUAAAGAUAGGCAAUUGCAAAUACCAAGAUAAAGGGUCUUAGUUUUAUAAUUUGACUGGUAAACACAUUUAACUUAAUAUUCAUUAAUAUAGGUAUGUAUGGCUCAAUAGUUUCAUGUCUAGAGUGCAAUUUGAUAAUGCAAAAUUCAAUUAUUCAUGA